UAUUUACAGAUUGUAUUGUCAAUAAACUGAAUAAAUUAUACAUCGGAUAACUGAUGCAUAUUUCAUGCACAGGAGGAAGUGACGCAAGAAGGUGCCUGUAACGGAAGCGAGACGGCUGAUGCCCUUGUGGAAGAUGGCUCAGCGGUUGUUCCUGAAUCCUGCCCUUGCUCACUCUAUAAAAAGUCUUAUUGUUCCAGCACAACCCAUGUUUACAGUGUUAGUAAGGUUUAGAAAAGCACACUGUUGUCAACCUCUAUAUACAGUUCAGCGUUUUUCCACUCUCCCUAAUGUCCGUCACUUCUCCAGCUCACUGAAACACAGAGUAACGUUCAAUGUUCAAGAUGCAGAUGAUUUCCAAGAACGGGUAGUUGCUAGUGAGACCCCUGUUGUUGUGGAUUUCCAUGCACAGUGGUGUGGACCCUGCAAGAUCUUAGCACCAAGAUUGGAAAAGAUGAUUGCCAAGCAACAAGGAAAAGUGCUGAUGGCGAAAGUAGAUAUAGAUGACCAUACUGACCUGGCCAUUGAGUAUGAGGUGUCUGCUGUGCCCACAGUGCUUGCGAUAAAAAACGGAGAUGUUGUGGACAAAUUUGUUGGACUGAAAGACGAGGACCAACUAGAAGCUUUUCUUAAGAAGCUGAUUGGACCCUAAUUUGAUAUGCAAUCUUAAAAGAUAACUGUGCUCUACCAAAAAGGCAUACAUCUAUUUACUUAAGCCCCAUCUGGCCUAUGUGUACUUUUCCUGUGUUUUCAUCCUAAACUCAGUACUUCAUAACACAAUAUACAUUAUAUAAUACAAUGGGACAUUUGAAUAUAACUUUGAAUAUAACUCACUUUACAUUAAGCAAAGUUUCUAUUAUUAUGCAUAUUUCUUUUUUGUUAAUGUGAACCUCAUGCCUAUUUUAAGGCAAACCAGUUUGCUCUGCAGGCCAUUCUGGCAAUGACCAGCACAUGGUAAAUUAAUAGGUAGUACAUUAUGUAGGUUUUUUUCUCUUUUUCAUAGUAUGUUCUAAAGCCUAAAUGUGCAUCAUCUACUUAAGAGGGAACUAACAACUGAGUUGUGAUUUUAAAUCUCUCAACUCACACUGUACUGAGCGUGAAGUACUGAGUUUACUGAAUUCUAUUUCUCUAAAGAAACAUCUGUUUGGCUAUACAUUUUACAUGCUUUUCCUUCCUGGUGUUAGAUCUUAAUAAUGAAGUGAAGAAACAGAAAAAGGACUCCCCUGGAAACUCCCCCUUUAGUGAUUAAACCCCAAUAGGAAUCAGAUAUGUUUUGAUGUAGAUGCCUGUUGUAGACGUUUUUAAAAUCUUAUCCUCUAUAACUAAUAUUUAAUAACAGUACUCUGGACUAUGCAACAAUGUGAUGAAAGAACUUAGUAAAUGCACCACAGUCCCAGUUUAUAAUAAUUUUGAUGGCCUAACACUCACCUAGUGUCACAAUCAUACUUUUUUUUUUUUAAUUUGAAGAAUCAUUGAGCGUGUAUAUCAACUGGAAAAAAAAUAAAAUAUGAAUUUGUCUAUGUCCAGCUAUGUGAAAAAUUACAAAAAAUCAAAAAACUGUCACUCUUAGUCAAUGUGACAGUAUAACAGGAGUGGAAAUUGGACAUACAGUACUUUCCACGGGAUGGUAAAGCAGCUUCAAGUGGGAUGUAAAGAACUGAUACUGUGAAUUUUUUUCCCUUGUAUAUAAUUUGGUGGCAAACAGGAAGGGAGGUUCUCACUUUGGUUGAGAUCAUGGGUAAUUUAUUUAAUUUUUUUAUUUUAUUUAACUUGUUUCAUUUAGAAAUACAAGGCAUACAGAAAUGCAGCACUGCCAAAUCCAGUGAGCCGUUCUAUGUAACAAAACAUAUUACAAACGUUUGGAAGGACUAUGCAUACGUUGGUGAUGUUCAAUGUUUACCCAGUAAGGAUGAAUGAGAAGCAUACUUAUAAAAA